AUGUCAUGCCAACCGUCGAUCACAGGAUUUGUGUAAGGCAUCUUUAUGCGAACUAUAGGGACAUUGGGGGGCAUAGAGGAAUUGCCUUAAAGGAGAAGUUAUGGGCUGCAGCUUCUGCAUACACUGAAGGGGAUUUUCUAAGGGUAAUGGGUGAGCUGAAGAGAAUGAAGAGUGAUGCCCAUGAGUACUUGGCCAAAAUUGAUCCUAGUACAUGGUCAAGAGCAUGGUUUGCUACGGAUUCAAAGUGUGACCUUCUGCAGAAUAAUAUAUGUGAGUGUUUUAACUCAUACAUUCUAAAGGCUCGCAAUAAGCCUAUCUUGACCAUGCUGGAGCAGAUACGAAAAAAGUUGAUGAGUAGAUACCAGGCUAAGAGGGAUGACAUUCAAAGUUUGACAGGGAAGUUAACUCCUAAAAUCCAAAAUAAGUUGGAUGCAAUACGGAAUGAAUCAAUGGACUAUGUUGCCCUAUAUGCUGGUGAUGACAUGUUUGAAGUGACUGGUCCAGAUGGUAGACAAUUUGUAGUCAACAUGAGGAGAAAAAGUUGUGGUUGUAGAGUGUGGGAAAUGUCUGGAAUCCCCUGUGUGCAUGCAUGUGUUGCUAUUCGACAUAGUUGUAAGAAUGCAGAGGAUUAUGUUGAUGAGUACUUCACUGUGGAGAUGUACAAGAAAGCAUAUGAGCCAGUUAUAUACCCAAUGCCUAGUCAAGAGCAGUGGAUACCAACCCAGCAUGACAAGUUGGAACCCCUAGUAUCAAGAGUGGCCCCGGGUAGACCAAAGAAGGUAAGAAAAAGGCAAGUUGAUGAAUGUAGAGAUCCGAAAAAUCCAAACAGAAUGAGAAAAUUUGGUGCUAGGAUGAAAUGCUCCAUGUGUAAGGGUAGAGGGCACAAUAAAAGGGCAUGUCCAAUGAGAAGUAUCCAUGCAAGUGUUGUGCUGCCUACCCCACCUCCAGACAGUACACAAAGUACCACCUCAAGAACUCCUACACAGGCUACAAGAACAAAUCUGGUCUCACCGCCUUCACCAGCAAGAACAAAUUCAGUCCCACCGCCUCCACUAGCAACAACAAAUCCAGUCCCACUGCCUCCACUAGCAACAACAAAUCCGGUCCCACCUCCUCCAAGGAGACGGAAGACACAAAGGGUCGCGGCUAUUUUUGGGAAGUCCAAACCGGGUCCCACCAUACCUAUUGAUCUAACUGAGGGUGAUAGUGAUGAACGAGGUGGCCCUGCAAUCCGAGGGGGCCAUGAAAUUCGAGGUGGCAGUGCGGGAAUCAGUGGGACAGUAACUAAUUCGGCAUCCAAAAGCAAGGGCAAACGUGUGGUGGCCACUGUUGAAAAGGCAAUUGAGAUUGCUGAAGCGAAGAGGAAGAGAAUGAGGCCAGAAUGGAAGCGUUAAUUAAAUAUGUGCUUAUAUUUAAUGCACAUGUGCAUAAUCUAUGUGUUUGACAAUUGGUAGUUAUGUGUUUGACAAUUGGUAGUUGUGCGUUUGACAGUUGGUAGUUGUGUGUUUGACAGUUGGUGGUUGUGUGUUUGAUACAGUACUAAAAAUGCAGGAUUGGUGGUUGUAUGUUUGACAGACAGUACUAGCAAUGCAGAAUUGCUUAUUUUGUGUAAUGAUUACAAUGUGUUUUAUGA